ACUCGAUCAACUGUAUUCUAUUCCACCCAGCGACUCCAUUUCAAAUCAAUUCAAAAUCGACUACUUAAAACAGAAGAUUUGCAACUCAAAAUCUGAGAGGUCUCUAGCAGGAUCAUCAUAUUCCAGUACUACUUCAUUGACGUGAUUCCAUCAAAUCAACAAAAUGGCACGAGCAUCAGCACUAGCGAAGUACAAGCUGGUGUUCUUGGGUGAUCAAUCCGUCGGCAAAACCAGCAUUAUUACUCGCUUUAUGUAUGAUAAGUUCGAUACCUCUUAUCAGGCAACCAUUGGGAUUGACUUCUUAUCUAAAACAAUGUAUCUUGAAGAUCGAACAGUUCGUCUGCAGUUAUGGGAUACAGCUGGGCAAGAGAGGUUUAGGAGUCUCAUUCCAAGUUACAUAAGGGAUUCUUCGGUUGCUGUUAUCACAUAUGAUGUUUCAAGCCGGCAAACUUUUCUUAACACUAUAAAGUGGAUCGAGGAAGUGCGUGCAGAGAGAGGGAGUGAUGUUAUUAUUGUUAUGGUUGGGAACAAGACUGACCUUGUGGACAAAAGGCAAGUGUCAGUAGAGGAAGGUGAAGCCAAAGCUACUGAGCUCAAUGUGAUGUUCAUUGAAACAAGUGCUAAAGCUGGGUUCAACAUCAAGGCUUUGUUUAGGAAAAUAGCAGCAGCGUUGCCAGGAAUGGAAACACUUUCAUCAACAAAACAUGAAGAAAUGGUUGAUGUGAAUUUGAAGUCAACAAGCAUGAGUUCAUCUCAGCCUGAAUCUGGUGGUUGUGCUUGCUGAACAAAAUUGAAAAAAUUUGGGAACAAAAUAUUCAAAUGAAAUCCUUUUGUUUAUUGGUUUGUAUGUAACAAAUUCGUAUGUUUUUUCCCCUUUAAUUUGAUAUUAUUACAUUUGUGACGGGAGUAGAAUCAUCCUGCAUUACUGAGGUGUAGUUUUUUCAUGUAUAAAAGGAUUUAUGUGGAAUCGCCAAGAUUUUGAAUUGCUUUUUUGUAUUGAUGGAUAUUUUAAAUCAAGGUAUUUGUGUUUGGGAAUCUG